UAGUUGGUACGCAACCUUGUUUACACUGACAGGCACAUUGUGACUCUUCCCCUUUCAUUGAGAUAUGACUCGCAGAAUAAAAACAAGAGUCUUUAGUGGCUGAUUUGCUUUAAAUUCUCAAUCAUCGCGCAAGAGAAAUCGCUCAAAUCUGGUCCGCAAUGAGCGCGUCUGCAGGGACGGGAGUGUUUGUGCUCUCACUGGUGUCCAUCCCCAUGUGCUAUUUCUUUAAUUCCCUUAUUUUCAACAACAGCGCUGAAGCUUUCUUAUUCGCUGGAUGUUCAACAGUCAUCAUCCUGGCCAUUUCGAUGCUUUUCAUGCUCAAGAAGAAGGCUCCAGUAGAUCCUCUUUUCUAUGUGUAUGGAGUGCAUGCAUUCCUCAGUGUGGUGAAUCUGAUCAUUGGGCUGGAGCAGGACAACAUCAUUGAUGGAUUUGUGACGUUUUACCUCAAAGAGGCAGAUCCACACAUUAAUACAGCACAUGGGCACAUGAUCUCCUAUUGGGAUGGCUGCGUGCAUUAUCUCAUGUAUUUGCUCAUGAUUGCUGCAAUCACUUGGGGGGACAGUUACCGAGCCAUUGGACUCUACUGGGUGGGAUCUUUUCUCAUGCGUGCCAUAGUCUACAUUCUUGGGAAUGCUGUGGGGAAAUAUGGGAUCCAAGUUAGUCCUCUCUUCCUCCUCCACAUGUUUUAUACCUCAGUGUCUGUGUGGGCCUGCUUCCGCAUCUUUAGCCAGCCCUCUACACGGGAUGUUCAGAACAUCCAGGAGGCUGAUAGAAAAAGUUUACUACAGAGACCUCUGGACUUACUGUUUGUCAUCUACCUCAUCCCUGCUUUUGCUUUCUGUGUCUUCAGAGGCCUGGUUGUUCUGGACUGUUCUGGCAAAUGGUGUCAAGGCUACACACAACAGUUUGAGCCGUACCUAAAAGACCCUUCAGCCUAUCCUAAAGUACAGAUGCUGGUGAACAUGCUGUACUCUGGCCCAUACUACAUCAUCACUCUGUAUGGGCUGCUGGUCCCAGGAUGUGAGUGGAUGCCAGAUGUGACUCUUGUGCACUCGGGAGCUCUGGCACAGGCACAGUUCACUCAUAUUGGCGCGUCUCUCCACACACGGACGCCGUUCUCCUACAGAGUGCCAACCGGCAGCCAGGCUGUCUUCCUGCUGCUUAAUAUCUUGUACGCUCUGGUGCCUCAGGCUCUGUGCUACCGCUGCUGCACCAGACCUGCUUUCUUCCUCAGGUCAACACCAGAUAAAAAGACUGAAUAACAGACUGUGUCAGACAGAAAUGUUAAGGAUCCCUAAAUAAAAGACCGAAGUUCUUGAAAAGUACUGCUCUGUGUUUGCAGUUAUUAGCAGUUGCUAUUCUUGGAGAGGGAGCGGUCACCUUUAACCUUACUGAGGGCUAA